GCGACAGCGACGCCAAUUGUAUUGACAGCGAGCACGUGGGUUCAUGUCGUCCUAGAUGUCACGCCUCAGCCAGUCGCAGCCCUUUCUCCCGCUCUGUCACAUUCCAUGAACAUUUCCAUGGCCAGAAAAGGGAAGUGGAAAGAGAUAUCUAAGACUCCGCAGACUUGAACUUAUCUGUGGCAACCAUGAAAAUUCUUCUUAAAGUCAAACGCUUCACCGCCCAUAUUACCCCAAGGGUCUGCUCUAGAUUCAUCAGCAAGGGUCAAACAUUUUAUGCCCCUCAGAAUUUCUCAGAUUAUGAAGAUAUUAGGUCGACUUACAAACUUGAUCUGCCAGAAUACUUCAACUUUGCAAGUGACAUCUUAGACAAAUGGACUGCUGCAGAAAAGGAUGGCAGUAGACAUUCCAAUCCUGCCCUGUGGUGGAUAGAUGGUCAAGGAAAAGAGAUCAAAUGGAGCUUUGAUGAGUUGGGGUUUCACUCCAGGAAAGUAGCAAAUAUCCUCUCCGAUGCUUGUGACUUGAAGCCAGGAGACAGAGUUAUUGUGAUUCUACCUCGGUUACCGGAGUGGUGGCUGUUUAAUGUUGCAUGCAUUAGAGCCGGUUUAAUUCUAAUUCCGGGGACAACACAACUUACAGCAAAGGAUAUUCUACACAGGCUCCAAACAUCAGGUGCAAGAUGCAUUAUCACUAGCCAAGAACUUGCACCAGCUGUAGACACUAUCUCAGCCCAAGCUCCAUUGCUGAAAACCAAAAUGGCUAUCUCUGGAAUGAGAAAAGGAUGGCUUAAUUUUGAAGAUCUGUAUAGAACAGCCAAUGACAAGCAUGCAUGCGUUAAGACAAGGAGUACAGAUCCAAUGACCAUUUACUUUACGAGUGGAACUACAGGUUCUCCAAAAAUGACAGAACACAAUCACUGCAGCCUUGGGCUAGGACUGACUGUUAAUGGAAAGUAUUGGCUGGAUUUAACUCCUUCAGAUGUGUUCUGGAAUACAUCAGACACAGGUUGGGCAAAGUCUGCAUGGAGCAGUGUUUUCUCUCCUUGGAUUCAAGGUUCCUGUGUAUUUGCUCACUACAUGCCUCGAUUUGACCCAACUGUAAUCUUGGAAACCUUAACCAAGUACCCCAUCACUACAUUUUGCUCACCUCCAACCGCUUACCGUAUGCUAGUGUUGUGCAAGCUUGCGAGCUACAAAUUCAAUAAUCUAAAGCAUUGUCUAAGCGCUGGAGAACCCAUGAACCCUCAAGUGAUGGAGCAAUGGAAAGCGAACACGGGGCUUGACAUCUAUGAAGGCUAUGGGCAAACAGAGACUGUCAUAAUAUGUGGAACGUUUAAAGGAAUGAAAAUAAAACCCGGCUCCAUGGGUAAACCUUCUCCAGCCUACGAUGUCCAGAUAGUGGAUACUGAUGGCAAUGUAUUACCGCCAGAGCAGGAAGGUGAUAUUGGAAUCCGUAUAGCACCUCAAAAACCUUUUUAUCUUUUUUCUCAAUACACGGGUGACCCAGAAAAAACCGCCUCAACUCAAAAAGGAGACUUUUACCUUACUGGUGACAGAGGCAUAAAAGAUAAAGAUGGCUAUUUCUGGUUUGUUGGACGAUCGGAUGAUGUUAUUUUAUCUUCUGGAUAUCGUAUUGGGCCAUUUGAAAUAGAGAGCGCCUUGAUAGAGCACCCGGCUGUAGCAGAAUCUGCAGUGGUCAGCAGCCCUGAUCCCAUUAGAGGAGAGGUGGUAAAAGCAUUUGUUGUCUUGUCUCCUACAUAUACUAAAUAUGACCAAGAAAAACUGACAAAAGAACUACAAGAACAUGUAAAGAAAGUGACAGCCCCUUACAAGUACCCCAGAAAGAUUGAAUUUGUUCAACACCUACCAAAGACAGUCAGUGGGAAGAUCCGGAGGAAUGAGCUGAGAAAUAAAGAAUGGAGAAAAGAGUAAAGGGAACAUAUUACUGCUAUAGUCUUUAUCAAAAAUCAGAUCCCCCCCACAUGAAUGCAGACAAUCCUGCCAACUCCUAUUCAAAGGAGACCUGCAUCACAUUCUUGGAUUAUGAUGAAUAAAGAAUUGUGAGGUUGUUUUUAAAACUACAAGUAACAAUAAAAGAGUAUGGCCUCUAUGGAUCCAAGAUAUACAAUUUUUGGGUACAUGUGGGGCCGAAUAUACUGUAGUCAUUCUGGCAAUCUGCACUCAAGGAUGUUAACCUGAGGGUACACCAUGUCCUCUUUCUUGGAGUGGAGUAAAUCUGUGCUGCAAGGGGUAAUCCCCCCCGCCUUGUUGUUAAUUAUGUUUUUAUGCUUUGCAGUCCUAUACAAUGUUACAGCUGCAUUACCUGUUAUGGUUAUCCUGCAAUCUCACAUGAAUGACAUGCUAAAUAAACAUGUAUUCUCAUUUCUUUUCAGGACAAUUUUUUUUAAUUUGGAACAAAAUGAAUAAAACAAAAAAUAAUGUAUACUGAAUUAUAAA